UUCUCUGGUACUUCUCCCUAAAGUCCAAGUCAAACAUCAACCAUGAUUUUCACAUUCCCCUUUAUAUACAUGGCCUCGCGCUCUGCACAGCUGCAGCAACAAGCUCCUGCCAACCAUCCUCCGCGAACUCAUAAGAUGCAUUGAGAAGCCAUCCAUUAACGCCACCGCGGAUAACUACCCGGGCUCUGCUUCAUCAGCUCACAGCACAACAUAUCCAUACAACGUCACCUGUCUCAACCAUGUUCCUGUUGCAGCAUCAGCUUGCAAGUCCACUGACCCUGACGAAGCUCUGGCAUGUGCGCGCAAAUUCAUCGAUGCCAUCGACGAGCAGAUCAGCUUUCUGUACGCGCGUCGUCUUGGCUAUGCUGCAGUCGCAGGAGCAGCCAAGUUCAACAAUGGCACGGCUUUGAACGAUCCCACCAGGAACCAAGCCGUUGCUACCGGAAUAGCUGCCAGGGUUCUCAAGUACGGAGGCAGUGAGGAGACUGGCAGGAUUAUGGGAGGUGAAGGAUGUCAGAUCUAUGCUAGUCUUGAGUUUGAGGCUCAGCAGAUUCGGAAAUGUGGUGGAAAGCUGAACGAGACCUUCGAGAGGGUCUGCAAGUAAGCAUCUUCAACAUGGGCGCAAACGAGGACGAUGUGAGAUAAUCUGAGGAACCAUCUGGGUGAAGCUGUCAAUAUGGAAAAUAGGGUUGAUCCGGAUGUUAGUGCGAAUCUACUUGAGUCUAUAAAAUUCUCAUCAUACGAGUCCCUACGGCGGUCUGGCCGAUUCAGUAAUUGCUCAAACUUUUAGACAAUUCUAAGUGACCGUUUUCAGGAAGGUG